AACGCCCCCGUUGAAGACCACUGUACUAGACCAUACAGAUAUAUUAUAGAUUCAUGAUAAUAUUUAAAAUUGCGAAUUCAUAAUUGCACUUGUUCUUGUGCAUAAAAAUCCGCGAAUUCUGAUUUGGAUAGACUUAAGACAUCUUCAUGAUCUUGAUUCUAGACUAGAGAGUAGAGUAGAUCUAGACAAAUCUAGAUCUAGAAUAGAUCUAGACCUAGAAUAGGUCUAGUUCUAAAUCUAGAAAUGAGCUACACGGAGCAUGAACUUGAUUUUGAAGAUUUCAAUCAAAAUCAAACUGAUCUCGACAUUGAAGAUAAUGAAACAUGGACACAGCCUUUUGAAAUUUGCAAAAUAGCAAAAGUGGAAAGAACUCAAGAACACAAUAACUGUAUCCUCCAUUUAGAUAUUGACUGCUUUUAUGCUCAAGUAGAAAUGUUAAACAAUCCAGAGCUACGUAACAAACCCAUAGGGAUACAGCAAAAAAAUAUAAUAAUCACUACCAAUUAUUUGGCCAGGGAGUUGGGCAUUCCUAAAUCUACUUAUGUUGCUGAUGCCAUAAAGAAAUGGCCACAGUUAGUUUUGGUAAAUGGGGAAGAUCUUACUAAGUACAGACAAAAAUCUUAUGAGAUUUCUGAGUUUUUGCAAAAAUAUUCCCCAAAAGUUGAACGACUUGGUUUCGAUGAAAACUUUAUUGAUGUUACUGACUUAGUAACAUGGAGACUAAAAGACAAUAGUUAUAAACGGGAGUUUUUUGGCCAUCUGCAUAAGUCUUCUAGCUCAGAAGCCUUUUGUGAAUGUGGGUGUUACCUACGGCUACAAAUUUCAUCCCAGAUAGCCAGUGAUAUCCGGGAGGCAUUGAAUAAAGAAUUGGGAAUAACAAGCAGUGCAGGUAUAGCUCACAACAAGCUGCUAGCAAAACUGAUUGGAGCCACUCAUAAACCCAAUCAACAGACAACUAUUCUUCCACUGCAAUCCAAGGACUUCAUGUCAAGACUAAGUUCUGUGAGGUGCAUUCCAGGUGUGGGAUUGAGUAUUGGGAGUACCCUUCAGAGAUUGGGCAUCACAUCUGUGGUUGACUUGCAGAGAGCUGAUAAAAGUUUGCUGGGAAAAGAGUUCGACUCCUCAACAUCAGACUUUCUUAUCAACUGUAGUUUUGGGAGAGAUGACUCACCAGUCAUCAAGUUUGAGUUACCUCAAUCCAUGAGUGAUGAAGAUUCUUUUCAAUGUUGUAAUACAUUUGAUGAUGCAGAGCGCAGAAUCAAGGGUUUAAUACAUAGUCUAUUGUUAAGGGUUUGUGAAGAUGGAAGAGUUCCUCAAACUGUACGCUUGACUAUACGUCGCAUUUGCCAUGGAGCUCAAACUUGGGAGAAAUAUAGAAAGCGAGAAAGUAGACAAUGCCCUGUGCCUAGGUCAAUAUUUACAGGCAUUCAUAAUAAUUUGCAUUCCAUAGAUGCAGCUUGUGACCUAAUUAUGCCAAUUUUGAUAAAUCUGUUUAAAAAACUUGUGAAUAUAGCUAAACCAUUCCAUUUGACCCUGAUCAACAUUGGUUUUACUAAUUUAGUGAAAUGUACAGAAGAAAAAAGUAAAAUCAGUUCAUAUUUCUUGAAAUCCCCCAAAAAGGCUAUUAAAAAAUUAGAAGAGGAUUCAGUUCAAGUUCAGGAAAUUAAGUUUGAUAGUCAGAAAACAAAUGAUGAAUCAGUCCCGGCCAAUGAAGUUAAGCUUGAUAGUCAGAAAUUAGAACCUAGAGAUCUUGUGAAUAGUGGAAGUAGCCAAACUGAAUUGGGAAAUCAAACAUUUUUAGAUAGAAAGGUUCUUGGAUCAUUUGAAAAGAAGAUUUUCCUGGAAAUUGAAGAACCAAAAGAUGUUGCAAGUUCAUGGGCAUUACAAGAUCACAUGUCAAAUAAUGUAGGUUUUGUCCAAAAAUGUCAAUUAAAGAGCUCUCAUACCUUCUUUGAAUAUCCUGCUUCGUCAAAUGACUCUAUUUUAAAUACAACUUUACCUUGCAAAGCCCAAGUUCCUCUCUCUAAAAGAGCAUCAGAUUGUGUAAAACAUCCAGAUGCCAAGUGCAGGAAAAUUAUGAUUGAAAGAAACUGUGAUAUGCUUGACUUUGACUUGGGUGAAAAAAGGAUUCUCCACAAAAAUGACCAAACUGAAGAAGUGGAACUUGUGAAUCUUGCUAAAGCAUUGUCUGAACACAAUGAUUCAUUCAUUCAUCCAACUCAAACACAAUCAACUUCUAAAAAAAUUCCAGAAUCUAAUUCCAACUCAUUAAGUUCUAACACCAAAACAAGUUUCAACCUUUCUGGUGGGAAAACACCAGACAAGAAGCAUCAGUAUUUUUCUCCCAAAAGUUUCCAAAUCAGUACUAAAGUGCCUUCUGGUAUUGACCCAGAUGUUUUUGCAGAAUUGCCUAGAAAUAUCCAAAGUGAGAUCUUGGCACAUAUUGCUAUGGCAAGUAGUCCCAAGCCUUCCAAAACUAUGGUAAUAGGGACAGAAAAAAAAAAAAAUCAGCCCUUAAAAAAGGGUGAAAAAAUGAAAACAAAAGAGCAGGGUAGAAGCAGUAUCUUGAAAUACUUCAGUAGAAACACUUAAGACAGAACAAUGCUGGUCGACUGUAUAAAAUUAGUUUAUAAUAAAAAAUUGAUUUUGAUUUGUUUUGAACUAAUUGUUUAUUAAUUUUAUUUUAUUUUUGGUAAAAAGAAAAAAAAACAACUUUUCUUGUUUUUAAAUUUUUGUAUUUCUUUAUAAAAUGUUAAUGGUUAAAACAGUUAUAAUAUGUAGAAUAAUGCCACUCACAAAUAUAAUCAUCUUGAUAAAUGUUCUUUCCUUUUGAAAAUUUUUGACUAUGAUAACAGUCUACAUUAUGAUUACAAUCUAUUGUAAAUAAUAUAAAUAUUAGCAGUAAUACUUAGCUAGUCAACACAUUGAUGCCAAUGUACUGGCAGUGACUUUGAGCAACCUAAAAGCAUAACAUCUGACACCAUCCACACAUAGAAACUCUUUGAGCAUCACAUAUCAGAGCCCAGAUUUUGUAGAAGUUCUUUCUGUUUUACUUGUUUGUGCCAUACCAAUAUGAUGCUAUUCAAAUAAAUGUUCAGUUUCAAUUCUAGUUUAUAUUUACCACAUUGUUGUAAUUAUACUGCUUGUACAUAUCCUGUCAUCUUUAACAUAAAAUGUAACAAUAAUUGCACCAUUUCAAGAAAUUAAAUCAUUUCUAAAGCAUA